AUGGCAAGCUUCGCGAGAGGCUUUCGCCUCGCCUCAUGUCCGCGAGCGACCUUCAUCCCCCGAACUUUCCUCCCUGAUCUCUCCACCGCUCAAUCUCGACCCUUCACAUCAUCCCUCCGGUUGCGGGUCUCUGCAAUACCGAAGCCUCAACCCAAGAUACCGAAAGACGUUAAACCGAGAUCAACAGCGAGCCAAACGAAUCCUCCACCCUCACCGGCGGCUUCAUUGGCCCCUAGCCGAUAUGCCUUUGUCAAGAGCCUGGCAUCUAAGCCCACACCAACGCUUUUAUACGAGGCGCCUUCGCAUUUCUGGUUCUAUUUUGGGUGCUGGUCGAGUGGUCUAUCCAUCAUAGCCUGGACGGUUUUGACGGGCCCAACGGCUGUGCAACAACCAGAAGGCAUCCCGGUGUGGGUUGGAUAUACAUUUGCAGCUUCCUACGCCCUGCUCGGCUCCAUGGGCUUCUACCUCAUCUCCAAGACUCCCAACAUUGUCAGCAGCAUCCGAGUGCUGCCGCCUGUCCAAGCGGCAGCUCAAGUAGCAGGCCAAGCAGCAGCCGCACGACCAGGGAUUGCCGCCAACGUACCCCAGCUCGAAGUCAAGGUCAAGAGAAUGUUCCCCUUGCUUCAGCCAAAGGUCAUCACCACAUCGCUCGAUAAUGUCACGCUCAAGACUCGCUUCUCGCUCCCGAGCGAAUACGUACCAGAGCUGAGACGAUUGGAGAGACAGAUGGAAGAAGAAGCGCGGAAGAAGGCUCUGUGGAAGUUUGAUACGGAGCACCUCCUUACCAUGCCCUUCCGAAGGAUUGGCCGUGCGUUCAAGAACCUAUUUACGGGCGUAAGAGCAGCAUGGACUGAUGUGGGAUAUGGCAUUAUCAAGGUGGAUGGGAAGCAGUACAAGGUCGACGUUACCAAGGGGUACGCUCACGACGGGUUCAAAACUCUGGAGCGGAUUGUGAACAUCGGCUGGAAAUGA